AACAUAAUUAUAUUAACUUUUUCGCGCCAUGGGGGGGUAAACACCAUGAGGUGAUAGACUGAUGAAGGUGAGAACAGCUCUCCAAUCAUCAAUAUCAAACGCACGCUUGAUCACUGAAAGAAAUAAGAGGCCAGAAGACAAAUGCAUCUGCUUAUUAAAAUCGACUGUUCGUAUUCGCCAAUUCAAUCAAAUCCUUGCGCAAUUCUUCACAAAUGGGUUAAAAAAUUCAAGCUUUCUUGCGACCAAGCUCAUUGAUUUCUGCAACUCUGCUCGCCAGAUGCAUCUAGCCUCUUCUAUUUUUCAUCAAAUCCCGCACCCGAGCUCUUAUUUGUGGACUUCCAUGAUAAGAGGAUUCGCUCAAAAUGGACAUUACCACCAGUCUAUAGUCUUCUUUGCUGAUAUGUGUCGACAAGUCGGAUAUUUAUAUCAUGAACUGUCUCCUGGAUAUGUAUUCGAAAUGUGGGUUCGUUGAUGAAGCACGCCGUCUAUAUGAUGAAAUGACUGAAAGGGAUAUCGUCUCUCAUACCUCGAUGAUUUCAGGAUAUUUUAGUAUUGGUGAUCUGGCUUCAGCUCGAUUGAUUUUUGACCGUGUUGAAGGAGCUGAUGUUGUUCUUUGGAGUGCAAUGGUUGCCGGGUAUACUCAGAAUCGAUGUCCUAAAGAAGCUCUGGAUAUGUUUGAUCAGAUGCAGAGUUUGGGGCUAAGACCAAAUUCAGUUACUAUGGUCGGUGUUAUUUCCGCUUGCUCUCAAUUAGGAGACAUUGAGAGAGGAAGACGGGCUCAUGAUUACUUGGUUAGGACUGGCAUGGAAAUGAAUACUGUGGUUUCCACGUCUUUGUUGGAUAUGUAUAUUAAGUGUGGUUUUAUCGAUGAAGCUCGCGAACUGUUUGAUAGAAUGCCAAGAAAGGAUGUUGUGUCUUGGAAUGCUUUGAUAAAUGGAUACACCAAGAACGGCUAUUUUAAGGAGGCCUUGGAAGUUUUCAAUACGAUUCAGGAUUUGGGAUUAGAGCCUAACAAAGUCACAUUUCUAAGUGCACUAUCUUCGUGUGCUGAAUUAGGAGCAAUUGAAAAAGGAAAGGAAAUUGAAGAGUUAUUGAAUAUGUCGGAACUUGGGUCUGAUCUGUCAAUAGAAACUGCCCUCUUAGAUAUGUAUGCAAAAUGUGGAAGCAUUGCAGAAUCCUAUAAUGUUUUCAGGAGAACUUUUCCUAGGGAUGUUGUUAUGUGGAGUGCUAUGAUUAAUGGGUUUGCUACUAAUGGGCACUUUAAAGCAGCGAUGUCAUUGUUUGGGGGCAUGUUGAAAGAGGGGAUGAGGCCAAAUAAUUUCACCUUCUUGAGUCUGUUGAUCGCAUGUGCACAUGGGGGCUUAGUUCAUGAAGCAUACGAGUAUCUCAAUUCUAUGACCAUAGAAUAUGGCAUUUCACCAAAUAUGGAACAUUAUGCUUGCAUGGUUGACCUCUUAGGUCGAGCAGGACUGUUAGAGGAUGCUAAAAAAUUUAUAGAUGGCAUGCCAAUUGAACCUGGUAUUAGUGUAUGGAGAUCACUACUUGGUGCUUGUACAACCCACAAGAACACUAAAAUUGGGGAGUAUGCUGCUCAACAUCUUUUUGAAUUGGAGCCCAAGGAUGAUGCAAACUAUGUGCUUUUAUCAAACAUAUAUGCAGCCUCGGGCAGAUGGGAGGAUGUUGAGGAUACAAGAGCAGCAAUGAAACAUCAUAAGGCUCACAAGACUCCUGGAUGUAGUUGGAUAGAAAAUGGUGGAAAAAUCCAUGAAUUUCUUGUUGGAGGCAUGCUCUCUGGAAUGGAGCUACAAUAACACCAGACUGAUCAUGAUUGGUCAAACAAGGGGAUGCUAAUCAAAUUAUAACCUUAUGUUAGUAUUGGUAAGACCGAGCGUCCCUCUUUAAACAUAAGAGUUAAAUUAAAGUGGAGAUGUAGAUGUGCAUGAAUUAUUUAUUGAAGAGAUGAACCAAACUAGCAGCAGGCUGAAUUUACAAGCCAUUGAAAUAUGGAGGACCGGAAAUGGCAAGAAAUCUGGAUUUCUUUGUUAACUUAAGCCAAGGGUUUUGUCAACGUCAGUGGCCCAGUUGGUACUUUGCUGCUUUGUUGCAGCAGAGACCCGGGAUCUAUUCCCAUUGCCACCAGGGUUGGGGGGUUUUAAGGGGAUGGGGGAUGGGCUUAUCCCCAUGGUGUAGCCCACUGUCAAUUUGCAUGGAACAAAAACAAAAAGCCCAAGGAUUUUUUUUUUUCAAUGAGGCUGGCCAUCUUGAGUGCUAGUAGUAUGUUAAGUGCUGAAAAGACUCCCAAUCUGCUAGUAACAAAGAACACUAGGCACAUCACAGUUUGUGCCACCUGUCCUAACACUUGAGAGUUCUCAAAAAACAUAUGCAGAAAUACAUGUUCAUGUGUUGAGGACUGGUGGAACAAACCCAUGAGGUGCCUAGCAUUGUUUGUUACUAGAAGAUCUGGAGUCA